CGAGGUCACGGGGUCUGAUGCCCGAGAGUGAGGAGGAAUAGCGCGCGGAGUGGCGGGCGUUAGGCGGCUGCUUUUGAAAACCUUCAUUUGCUGUUGGCUUGGGGACAGGUAUAGAGCUGAGGGGAUGUCGGGCACUGGGACGGAGUUUGCAGAAUGAGUUCCAUUGACCCCGAAGACCUUCUGCAGUGUCCCUAUGACAAGAGCCACCACAUUCGUGCCUGCAGGUUCCCUUAUCACCUCGUAAAGUGCAGGAAAAAUUUCCCUGACAUAGCUCGGAAAUUAGAGUCCUGUCCAUUCAAUGCAAGACACUGUAUCCCAAAAGCGGAAAUGAUGCAUCAUAUCAUGAAUUGUGUGGACAAGAAAGUCAUUGAGGAAGAGUUUGUUUUCAAUGCCCAAGGAAAGCCUUAUGAUAUCCCUCAAAGUUCAUGGCAGUGUCCUCCCCCUGAGGAAGACUGGGACAAAGAUGAAGCAGAAUCUUCUGGCACAUUCGUCUAUGGCUACACCAACCUGAACAAAAACUGCAUUAAAACCAGUUCUAUUUCAGCUUAUGAAAAUAGCACCAAUAUUGCUACUGCGAUCAGAGCUCCCAAAUCUUUUCCAGAACAGCUUUCAUCAUCGAAUAUUCAUCUGGGAUCGAUUCCAUUUGUUCAGCCUUGGAGAAUUGGUACAGGUUCCAAAAUGAAGGAGUCAUCCAGCGUCCCACCAGAGUCUCCUGUUUCCUGUGUGUUUGACUCAGAUGAAAGGACUUGAAGGACAAGCAUCUAUUUCAAGACCAGAAAACUGCAAAUUCAAAGCUGAUUUUAUUUUUCUUUUACCUGUGUGAAACAUUAACUGAAUAAAAGAAAGUGAACUUGAGUUUCAGAGA